CAAAAAAAAACAUCUAAGAGUGCACGUCUGCAUCCUCCAUCGAAGUUCGUUCACGUGCUGCUUUGGGUUGCCGGAGCCACCGAGAGAGAGAGAGAGAGAGAGAUGAUCGACCAUUAGAAGAAGAAGAUAUUAACUAUUACAGGGAGAAGAAAAUGGAUCGGCAUAAUAUUGUAGAAGAUUCAAACCCUAACGUUAAAAAGGUUGAAGUUGUCCUCAAGACUAUUGGUCCCGCUCGCCCCUCUCGCCUUCUCGUUCCAUCUUCCAUCAAGGUGCGUGAUUUGAGACAAUUAAUCGCCAGCAAUGAUAAUUUACCAACUGAGAACUUGCGUCUUAUUCUACGUGGAAAUGCAUUAUGUGAUGUGAAAAAUGAAAAUGAUGUACAAGUACAACUCAAUGAUGGAGAUUGCCUAAUUGUUGCUGUCAAACCAAAGCCACCAGUGAAGGAUGGAUUUGACAAUGAAGAUGAUGAUGAUGAUCUGAAAUUUCGUCUUCCACGUUCAUCAAGUCGGUGGAAGAAGAGGCUAUACUCAUUUCUACAUGAUAACUUGAAGCUUCCAGAUAUUAUCCUGAUGGUAAUCUUCAACCUGACUCUGAAGGCAUGGAUGAUCAUAAUUAUGUGGUUUAUCCUUGCACCUGUUGCCCAUAGAUGGGAUCUUGGACCUUUGUAUAUACUUGCAACUGGCUUUUGUCUCAUUCUCUUCAAUCUUGGAAAGCGGCAAGCUGGUGACAUCAGUGCAUAUUCUAUCUUCAAUGAAGACUUUAGAGAGCUUCCAGGGACGCUUAAUGCAGAUCGGCUUGAUAGAGAUAUAAGAGCUGGACAGUUUUGACGCCCCUCUUUGAAACUUCUUCCAAAUCCAAAACACUGAUGAUGUCAUGUGACAUAUAAAUGUAUAUCUAUCUACACAAUCCCAAGGAGGUUUUGACUUUUGACUAUAGCCAAAGAGUUAGCAAAUACGGUACCUGUUUUUAGCUGUUUUGUAGGUGAAGUACCAUGAAGAUGACAAAGUUUUCUGUGUAGUUUUGACCCUUUUUCGGGUUCUUCCUAGUAUAUCACCGUACCAUGUAUUGAUAUGUGCUUAAAAAUUAAUAUUUAACUAUUGCAAAAUGAUUUUUAAAAGAGAAAAU